CUCGCGGGUGGCAUCGAGUGAACCCCCUGACUUCGGGAACUACACUACACGCGUCCGUGACUAAAGAAAAAGGCAAAGAAAACAAAGAUUUGCACACGAUGACAAGCGAACAAAAUGUCUGCCCCCAAAAUGAACGAGCCAAAGACCAUGCCAGAUUUGUCUCCCAUGGAGUAGAAAAUUUUAAAAUUAUUACCAGAAUUCCGUAUUGCAUUUGUAAAUGUUAAAAAUUUCUUGAUACAAUUUUCGAGAGAGAGAGAGAUGGAGAGUCGGGGUUUAUUAGUAGUUGGUGGGCCGUCGAGCGGGAAUUCAUCGAUUUCAGCCAUGGCUGGAGAUGAGAAGAAACAAGUAAUUCCGACUGAUACAGAAAAUGAGGGUUUCAACGGUGAAGAUGAAGAUGAAGAACAAGAUGACCAUCAAGAUGAUAAAGGAGCUUUUGAGAAUUUUGUUCCUAGCCCUCUUGUUCCUCUGAAAGUGCAGAUUGAGAAAGACAAGAUGCCUUUGGGUAACAGGGUUCUUGCGAUAUUGUUUGUUGAAUUAUUGCUCGUUUCGUUGCUGGCUAUUGGUUUACAUCUAUGUGACAAAUAUGACAUCAAAUCACUUCCCCACAUGAGUACAUUGGAAGAUGAGAGUUUAAGAAGGUGGAAAGAAAAGCUUCUUGGCUGCCUUGAAAGUAAUUUGAAUGAUCAAAUGGAGCCUGAAGUUAAAUUUCACUCUAUUGGGAUCUUAUCCCCUGAUUUUGGUGAAAUUACUACUCCCUACCCCAUUCAUGAAAAACAAAGCAAGAACAUACUUUUCACUAUGAAGGAGGGUUCUGAGUACAGUCUUAAGCUCACAUUCUCUGUUCUUCAUAAUAUAGUAUCUGGCCUAACCUACACAAACACCGUUUGGAAGGGUGGAAUUCAAGUCGAUCAAAGCAGAGGAAUGAUCGGAACUUUUGCUCCUCAAAGAGAACCAUAUGUACACACAUUAGAGGAGGAAACUGCUCCUUCUGGGGUGUUUGCGCGAGGUGUGUACACAGCUAAGCUUAAGUUUGAGGAUGAUGAUAGAAGGCAACACAUGGAGCUGGAUUACUCCUUUGAGAUAAGAAAGAGGCAUUAAACUAGGUUAAGGUGAUUGACUUAUUUUUGGUUUGUUCUGAUGUUAAAUCGUGUGGACGAAAGUGAAGGCUCAUUCAUGGUCUUCCAAAAUCUUUCUUUCCGAAUAUCAUGUGGAUUGGUUGAUUUUGAGCAGGAAUAUAUGGAUCCCUCAACUCCCUUUGUUACUUAAACCAUGAAGAAUAUGUUUUACUAACUUCCAUGCUUUUAUCCUACAAUUUGCACAAACAAG